AUGGAUGAAUACAAACAUCAAGAAACAGCACAAGAAAUAUUUGCUAAAUUCAUAUUUGACUUUAAAUAUAUAAAUGAAAGAGAAUUCUUAGACCUUAAGCAAAAAUACUAUAGACUACGAGAAGAAGCAAAUGAUAGAACAACAUGGAUACAAGGCAGAGCAUUCCAAACUUACAAAAGAGUACCAAGCAGAAGACACCCUGCAGAAGACUACAGAGCUGCAAUACAAUUAUUGGGAAGACCAACUUCUUACGAAGACUUCUUUAACAAACUAGAACAAGCAUAUGAUUUAUAUAAAGAAGGACAA